GCGCUCAGGUGGCCGUGAAGGGACAACAGCAAAGGUAACCAACGAGAAUCCCCGGGCCGUGAGAUGCACGUGCGUACGCUUCCUCCCUCGAGCUCGAAGUGGUCAGCUCGAACGGUCCAUGUCGAUCUCUAAAAUUUCUGCGAUGUGAAUCGGUGAAAUUAUGAAUGCAAUGGCCUUGCGAUCCUCUUGUCUUUUCUCUGGUUUCACUGCUUCGCGGGAUAGUAAUAGUGCGCGUUCAAUGGAGUGAUCAAUUUGGAGAGAGAGAGAGAGAGAGAGAGAGAGAGGGGUUUCCAUGGAGAGAAGCGAGAUUCGUCGGAAGAUGCCUAACGGGAAGAGGCCUCACUUCUUCGAGAUUUAUUCCUCUUCUUUGAGCUCUAGAAGGCUGAAAAUACCAGAUAAAUUUGUCGAGCACAUGGAAGGACGGACGUCCGGGUUGGCUCUGUUAGAAGGUCCAAGCGGUAACACUUGGCAUGUCGAGUUGAUUCAGGAGAAUCAUGAAUUGUUCCUCAACUCUGGCUGGCAUUCGUUUGUAAAGGACCACUCUAUUGUAUCCGGCGACCUUUUGGUGUUCCGGCAUGAUGGUAAUCUGCACUUUUAUGUGCAAGUUUUUGAACAGAGCUCGUGUGAAAAAGAAGCUGCAUUUCAUGCCAUGUGCAGUCAAGAUCCUAGUAGUUGUAGGCAAAAUGGGGAAAGGAAUGUUGAAAAAGAUGAGUUCGCUUAUUGUUCAAACAUUGUUUAUGAGAGCCACCAAUCCAGAGCGUGUGCCCGUGAUGAUAAGCUUGGCUGGAAACAGGAUGCGGUCACAAGUGCACAGCAUUGUGGCACAAGUAUAGUCAGAGAGAUCCCGUAUGACAAUCUUGUUUUGUCUUCUAAAACACAAGUUUAUGAAGAAUCACCUGAUAUCAGGAAUAGAUUCAGCAGAGGAGAUCAUUCAAGUUUGUCCACGAGCUCUCACGUUUUAAAGUCAUUAUCUGAAGAAGAGAGAAAAGUGGCUCAAUCAUUCAGUUCGCGCUUUCCAUAUUUUGUCAGAAUUAUGAAAAGGUUCAACGUUAGUGGCUCCUAUACACUGAAUAUACCAUAUCAGUUUUCAAUGGAGCACCUACCAGAAAGCAAAAUAACUAUAGUUCUACGCAAUCUGAAAGGAGAAUCUUGGACUGUAAAUUCAGUCCCCACAACCAGAGUGCACACUAGCCAUACCUUCUGUGGAGGUUGGAUGGCCUUUGUUCGUGCUAAUAGCAUUGAAUUGGAAGAUGUCUGCGUUUUUGAGCUGGUCCGCACAUGUGAAAUGCGAGUCCAUAUUCUCGGGGUUGCACAGGGCAGGGCAGACAGCCAAAGUGUGAAGAAAGCUUUAACCUGGUUAGAUGUCAGAAAUACUGCCACUUUACAGGCAGGUCGAGAAAAUAUAUCAAAGAAAAGGAAAAGAAAAUCUACAAAAGUUAGUUCACAAAUAGUCGAGAAGGUGAAGAGAAUGCUUCAAGAAGCCUCUUCCUCUGACAUGAAGAAGCAUGCUGGUGCAAUCAAGGUUUCAAGCAAUGCAUCAAAAACCAGCAAUGGAAAGUCUGCUAUCAUCGUUGGAGCCAGCAAUGGAACUGCACGCAGUUCGCAGAAUGCAGAUUGUUUGUCAGCAAUGUUAUCCCUCCAAGAAGAUAGAGUUGCUCGGUCUUUUGCUUCAAGCUUCCCUAAAUUUGUUCGGAUUAUGAAAAGAUUCAAUGUCAGUGGUUCAUAUACGCUGAAAAUUCCGCACCAGUUUUCGAUGGAUCAUCUUCCCAUAUGCAAAACAGAGAUAGUCCUUAGAAACUUAGAAGGGAAGUCUUGGACAGUGAAUUCGGUGCCAGAUUCCAAGGGGCGGAUGUUGCACACUUUUUGUGGAGGCUGGUUAUCUUUUGUCCGUGGCAAUGGCAUCAAAAUUGGAGACAUCUGCAUAUUUGAGCUUGUGGGAAAACUUGAGAUGCGUGUGCACAUAUCUGAGGCCGGAAAGAAGGAACAAGCUCAACAACAUGGAAAGGUAGAUGGGAUUCUAGUUCCUGUAGCAGUAUCAGUGGAUAAGUAAUCUCUCUCUUUAUACACAUGAAAGGAGCUCAAGCAACUGCAUAAAGUUCAUUUGUUUAUUGCAGGAAUUGGCAACAUUUUCAAGGAGAUAAUGUACAUUUUUACUGGAGAACAAAUAGAUGAUGGAAGUGUCUCCAGUAGCUAAUUAGGCAAGGCCAGUGAGGGCACCUUCGGUGGUUCUUUGUAAGUCCAAUCAUGUAAUGUUGAUACACAUUGGAAUAGGUUCACCAAGAAUUUACUUUCUGUUUUGGUAGUCAGACACUAACAAUGAAAUGUUGUAAAUGGUGUUAAUCUUGUUGUGUUGUACUUUGUAGGAAUGACUUUUAGAACCAUCACUGGCCCAGGAGAAAUGUGAUUGCUACUCUGCUUCUGCAGUUGACUU